UUGUUAAAUAAAUUCUGUUAUGAUGAUAAACGUUUGUUUGGUUCGAUCUUUUGUGUUCACUGUAAUUUUUUACAGACCAUCGGCUUAUAUUCCCUCGGUGUGGGUAUUUGGUUAUACCUCGAACGAACGGAUUUUCACGAAUUAACGCCUACCUCUUUUUCUGUAUUCAGCCUUUUCCACUGCCGGCCUCUGUUGCUCUACUGGUGUAGCGGUUUGGAUCAUCUGCACCCUUUGGUGACCGGGAAUGGUCGUGUUUUUGACCUGACCACAUCGUGGGAUAGAUUGCAGAAGUCGCUGGAAUGCUGUGGAGUAAACAAUGGGUCUGACUGGUUUUACUCCAGUCGAUGGCCAUCACACAGAUUCGUUCCAAACAGUUGUUGUGAUCCUAAACACUUCGAAAAUGUAGACUCAAUGAAUAAUUGUGGAAAAGUGGACAAUAGUACUCUGCUGUUUCAACAGGGAUGCUACGAAGUGUUUGCUGAUUGGCUUUAUCAUCAUGUAGCCAUCAUGAAUUGGAUCUCUUUUGCAUUACUUAUCGCUGAAGUAAGUUCAAUCCCACUAUGCUGUUCAUUUUUGUGUUAUUUAUUUUUAAAUCUUUCCUUUCAUCGCGAUGAAUACCAUCGUUGUUUGGUUGAAAUGAAUGAUUUGGAUGCUGCUAGGGAUCUUCGUAUCCGUCCCAUGGACAGAAUCGGUGAUGCCGCUCAAGAUCCAUAG